AUGGACCCACCGCUGCCACCGGGCUGGUCCGCUGCCCGCGACCCCGCGAGCGGUCGCACUUAUUACUACGAGCAUAGCACACGACGAACAGCAUGGUCACGGCCAGCGCCGGCUGCCUCGGAGGAGGCGGAGGAGCUGCCGCCUGGCGUCGAGAGAUCAGCGGGCCCGGCAGCGCUACCGCGGCCCGCCCCGGCCUCUUCCGCCGCCGCCGCGCCACGCGCUGCCGCGCCGCAUACUGUCGCCAGGCCAGACGCGGCGGCCGAACCCGUCGCGGAGACGCGCGCCGCAGCGCCAACACGCAAGCACCGCCUCAACACGGCCUGCACCUUCGUCAUCGCACCGGGCGCCAGCGGCGCGAACUUCUGCUACGAGUUGACGGAGUGCCUGCGUCGAUUGGGACACGCCACGGAAGUCGAGAGAUGGCACGGGGCCUACUCGAAGGACAUAAAGCGGAACGCGGACCGGCUCGAGCGUUUUGCUAAAGAGGCUGCGGCGGCGUCGGGUGAGGGGUGCCGCGUACUGCUCGUGGGCGACGGCUACGGCGGGAGAGUCGUCGCCCACCUGCUCGCGCGCUGGGCCGCCGGCGAGCCGCCGCCCGCGAACGUCUUCGCGGACGCGGCGCUGCUCGUCGGCUACCAGCUCUACGGCGCGGCGCCGCCGCGCAAUAGCGGCGACGACCGCCUCGCGUUGCUGCAGGCCCUGCCGGCGUCCACGCGGCUGCUCUUCGUGAGCGGCGAGAAGGACGAGUUCCUCGACCGGACGAAGGGCGGCACGGCCUGGCGCGACGUCGGAGCGGCGCGCGGCGUCGCGGCGCUGCGCGCGGCGGCGGCGGAUUUGCCCUGCGCGGCGCACGCCACCGUGGUCGGCAUUGAGAACACGGGCCAGCAGCCGCUGCGCGCGGGCCGCAAGCGCACGGAGCCGGCGAAGGCGCUCGUGCUGCGGGCCCUCGCCCCAUUCGUCGACGCGUUGGCCGGCGUCGUCGACGACGACCGGCGCUUGAAGCGCCUGCGCGCCGACCCCGACGACGCCCUCGCGCGCGCCGACGACGACGAGGCGGCCGACGGCCUCACGCGCGCCCACGACCUUGAGGCGGUCGCCGAGGGCGAGAAACGCGGUGCGUAUGGGUACAACUAGCUAAGAUUUU